GUGGGAUCCAUGGAUGCAUGAGAACAUUUAAACUCUCACUUCGAUACCUUCAAUCAAAACACGCCCGCCACAAUGACUAUACCGCCUUUCGAAACCACCUUCGCGGUGCCUAUGACCUGCGAAGCCUGCAUCAAAGACAUCGAAGGCUCGCUACACCAACUGAGUGGAAUCCAGAAAGUUACCGCCAAUCUCAAAGAUCAAUUAGUCUCUAUCGAGGGCACCGCAGCGCCGUCAGCAAUCGUCGCAGCGAUACAAGCAACGGGCCGUGAUGCUAUUCUGCGUGGCAGUGGAAAGUCAAACAGCGCCGCGGUCUGCAUUCUGGAGUCGCACGCCCCUCACGUGGAGAACAAGGUUCGGGGACUGGUGCGCAUGGUCCAGGUCGCCCCCAACAUGACCAUCGUGGACCUCAGUAUUAGAGGACUGUCUCCUGGAACCUACCAUGCUACAGUCCGAGAGACGGGAGACAUCUCGGAGGGGCCCGCAUCGACAGGCGGCAUCUGGGAGGCUGUCAAGGCGAAGAAGGAAGACACCCCGUGUCGGGGGGUGUUUGGGACCGUCGAAGUGAGCAAAGGUGGCGUCGGUACCGUCUUCUUGGACAGACCGAUUCAGAUCUGGGAGAUGAUCGGCCGCAGCAUUGUGGUAGCGAGGCAGCAGGACGGAAAGUUUGAUAAGAACGAUCCUGAUACGAUUGUGGGCGUAAUUGCGCGUUCGGCCGGUGUGUGGGAGAACGACAAAACUGUGUGCUCGUGCUCCGGCAAGACAGUAUGGCAGGAACGUAUAGACGAAGUCGGUCGGGGAAUGCUCUGAAGGCUGAAAUGCCGAGCAGGAUGCGACCCUUGGCAAACUACGUGUUGAUGAUUAAAAGGCCAAAAUGAUCAGCCCGGCUUUGCUAUACCCUAUCGCCUCUGCCGGAGGAGGUAGCAAAGAAUGAAAUGCCGUUUCGCCUACCAUAUCUGGCGGC